ACAAAACAUCAACUCCAUGGCAUGACAAUAGCCUUUUUUGGCAUUAUGUUGAAUAUAAACAAAACAGCAUUUGUUUACAGUGUAAAUAACCACAUCACCUGGAGCUACUGUAUAUUUACAUCAGACAACAAACCAAAGAACAAAUAUUAAAAACAUCCCUCUGUCCUCACUAACUUCAUUCCAUUUCUAAAUGAAAUCUGCUGCUGUAACUGUAUGGCUGACUGUUUUCUCUCUUCUUGUCUGUCUCCUGAACAUAACGUGAUCAUGUGAGCUCUCCAGUAUAACGAGGCUCUUUAAUUCUGGUUGGACAUUCCCAACAGGCGUGACCCACCAACUUCUAUGACAUAAAAUUCACAGUACAAAGAUGUUGUACCCUGAGGACAUGUUUUAAUUCAUUUUGAAUUUUUUUAAAAAAGGACUUUGUCACAACCUUCAAAUGCACCCUGAAUAGUUAGCCAGUCCAACACAGGGUAAGAUAAAGGGGCAAAAAACACAGCUAAUACUAAUUGUGCACGCUCAAGGCUCAGGAGCGACACCUACCUUUAAACCUGUAGGUUAAAUCUUUUUUGCCCCACUGACUGGCUUCAGGUACAAUAAAUUGCACACUAAAUAAGUUAACUCUUAGCACUUUCAUUGUUGGACUAAUUGCAAUAAUUAAAUUAUUUUUAUUUUAUUUUUUUAACUAAUUUUACUCAUUUACCCAUCAUAGUUAGUUUGACGGUGUGAAAGACAACUGCCACUGGAAAGAAAACCUGAUGGAAUGUAUCCUCUUUUCAAAAUAAAAUACCAUAUUGGAAUGCAUAACCAAAAUAAAAGCAGGCUAUCAGUGAUCCAGCCCCCGACACCAACAUAAACCUGUUGAAGCUGCAGUAAAUGAAUGCACAGAUGACUUUGGUGGCGUUUGAUGUCAGUAAUGACGCACGGAGACAUUUGGGUUGAGCUUGCAUACACUUUGCAGUGACAUUGUACCCAGGGCAGUCCUAGGAUUCAGCCCGAUGACGCGCACUGUUUAUGUAUACAGUUUGUGCACAUGGCGUCAGCCGGAGCCAUAUGAUGGAGCGGACUACCUGCGGACCACUUGAGUAAUUCUGGCUCCUCGAAGACAGAUGGAUCUGACACCUGAACGCGACAUAGAGUGACUUUUGCGCCACAUAGGAAAUCUUUCUUUGACUGCCACCCUUUUACAAUGGAUAUCUACGCCUCCACUUUAUCCCCAGCGCUGGACAUCGCUGUCGGCUGUUAUCUGCUGGUUGUGGCUGUGCUAUCCAUCAUCGGAAACCUCAUGGUGAUCAUAAUAGCUUUCAAACGAUCAUCAAGGUUGAAACCACCAGAGCUGCUGAGUGUGAAUCUGGCGGUGAGUGACCUGGGAGCAGCGCUCACCAUGUACCCCUUGUCUGUGGCCUCUGCUUGGAGCCACCACUGGAUCGGCGGAGAUGCCACGUGCAUUUACUACGGCCUGGCAGGAUUCCUCUUUGGUCUGGCCAGCAUCAUGAACCUGACUGUUUUGGCCAUGGUGCGGUUUAUUGUUUCUAUGAACUUGCAAAGCAUGAGGGACAGAAUCAGCUGGAAACAAGCAAAGAUCCUGUGUGCCUGGACCUGGCUGUACGCUCUCAUCUGGGCGCUCUUCCCUAUAGUGGGCUGGGGCCAGUACGGCCCAGAGCCAUUUGGGGUGUCGUGCUCCCUGGCCUGGGGACAGAUGAAACACAAAGGCUUCUCUUUUGUCAUUUCCAUUUUCUCCUUAAACCUCGCUCUGCCGUCUUUCAUCAUCACCUGCUGCUACUUUGGCAUCUCUAUCAAACUCUACUUGGUCUAUAAGAACUACACAGGCGGCAGCAUCCCAGUUCCAAAUUAUGUGAAGCUGCAGCAGAGGCUGUUGAUAGUAAGUGAUUCAGGUCUCGCCUGCAUAAUUAUCGUGGUUGAACUUCCAGUCAUUUUCCUUUCUUUUUCCCAAUUCCUGUUCCAGAUUGCAGUCUUAGUCACUUUCGGCUUCCUCGGCUGCUGGUUUCCCUACGGCAUGGUCAGCCUUUGGUCCAUUUUUAACGAAAGCAGCGCCAUCCCACCGGAAGUCAGCCUCUUGCCAUGCAUGUUUGCCAAAAGCUCCACUGUUUACAACCCCAUGAUUUACUACAUCUUCAGCAAGAACUUUCAAAGAGAGCUGAAGGAGCUACAGAUGAGGUGCCUGGGAUUUUAUUUUUGCAAAUCCAAUAGCGCCAAGGAAGACAUCACAUUCAUAAGUAAGCUUGACAGAAGGUCCAACACCGCGGCGCUAUCACAGCGUUGUCUGGAGACAACAGACUUGGGUUGAAAAAUUAGCGCACUGUGAAAUAUAUAAGCUGUUUCAUGUGGAUUUGUUUUAAAAAUAAAUACAUAAAUACAGUGUCAGGGAAGAAAAAAAGUCACCAAAUGUCAACAAAACGUCUGUUUUUUGGGGGGGGGGGGG